ACAAUCAUCUACAGGAAACCUAGAUGCACCAGAGUCUCCCCACAACAUCCCUCCAUCGAGACUUCUCCUGCACGCGGCAAAAAAAUUCAUUCCCAUUCAAAAAUUUUGAUGAUUGCAAUGAUGGGGUUAAUGGUAGAGGUUAUGCUAUGAAUUCUUUUCAAAGACACCUCAAUGACAGGCAUUGUUUCUCUAAGGAUACCAGACAACAAUGUAGGGAAAGGUUGCGUGGAGAUAGGGAGGUAUAUGAAGCUUGGGAGAAGGUUCUUUUGCAAAUGCAUUGCUGGAUGUGUAGCGAAUGCAUGAUGCUACAUGUUUGGAGGAAAUCCUGCAAGCAUAAUAAUGUCGUCAUCCCAGGGCCAUACAAUGGAAGGUAUGCUGACUAUCUUAUCUCUGAUAUCCCCAAACCUGCUGCAGUUUUCCGUGAAACCCCAUCCCUAGUUGAAAACACAUUGAUAUCUUUGUCCCUGGAUUUGCUUAAUCAGGUUUUUCUGAGACAUUUCAUCACUAUCACAAGCAUCCCACCUCCAUGUCGUUUAACUUUCUCGAGAACUCUAAAAUCAUGCUUAGACACUAUUUUACUCAACCCUAGAGAAAUAUCCUCUUGGAUUAAACUGGCUUUAUCCAAGUGGAGAGAACCGAAUGGGUGUAUUAAUCUUAUCACCAAGCUGUUGGAACUGCCAAACCGUAAUCAAGUGAGUAAGCUGAAGGAUAAGAAGAUGCAGGGUGUUGCAAACAUACAGGUAUGUAGGAAGAAACUUUAUAAUGGGAAUUAUACUGCAACCAUUAGAGUGCUCUCUUCAGAUGGUAUAGAUCCUUGCAAUGAAGUUACAAUUUCUGAUUGAUGCAUAAACAUCCCGAUGUUGAUCCACCUUCCAUUCCUGUGGAACCAAUUGACUGUGAUAUAAUUUCUGUUGAUGAAUCUUCAGUACUCAAGGCAAUAAAGAGUUUCCCCAAAGGGUACAUCCCGUGGUAGAGAUGGAUUAAGGGCGCAACAUCUUCUUGAUGCCAUGAGUGGUGCUGCCAGUGCUGUGUCUGAUGAGUUACUAUCCUCUAUCACCAAAGUGGUUAAUCUAUGGCUAUCUGGCAGUUGUCUACCUUCAGUUGGAGCGUAUAUUGCGAGUGCUCCUCUUACGCCUUUGCUAAAACCAGGUGGUGGCCUCAGACCCAUAGAUGUAGGUACCAUUUGGAGAAGACUUGUAUCUAAGCUUUCUACUACCAAAGUGGGUAAGGAAAUGUCGGCAUAUCUGGGUGAUUUUCAGUUUGGUGUCGGAGUGCCAUGUGGUGGUGAAAGUAUAUUACAUUCAGUCAACAGACUAAUGGAAUUAAAGGGUGACAGGAAUGAUAUCUCCAUGCUCCUCGUUGACUUUACUAAUGCUUUCAACAUGGUAGAUAGAACUUCCCUCAUCAAUGAAGUAAGGUUACAAUGCCCUGCCAUUUCACGGUGGGUUGAAUUAUGUUACAGGAGACCAACCAGGUUAUAUUAUAAUGACAUCACCUUAUCUUCGUCAGAAGGAGUACAACAGGGUGACCCAUUGGGACCCUUCCUAUUUUCCCUUACGCUUCAUCCCAUUGUGAAGAGUAUUUCCUCCCAAUGCAGUUUAGAUCUACAAGCAUGGUACUUGGAUGAUGGCACUAUCAUCGGAGACACCGUAUAAGUUUCCAAAGCCUUAAGUAUCAUUCAAUCUGAAGGUGUUGGAAGAGGGCUCCAUCUCAACCUUACCAAAACCGAGGUUUUUUGGCCCAAUGCAGAUCCCAGAAGUUUCGACUCAGACAUGUUUCCUAACUGGAUUGGUAGACUGACUGCUGGUGUUAAACUAUUGGGUGGGCAUGUGAGUCUUGAAUUGCAGUUUUUGCAAGGACAUGGUGGCGUGGAGAGCAAAUAACACCAUUCAUCUAAUGAAUACUGUUAAGCAGCUGAAAGACCCUCAAAGUAAAUUACUUCUAUUGCGUAACUGCGCAGGGGUCUCCAAACUGUACUUUACUAUGCGUACUACAUGUCCUGUAGCUUUGUAGGAAGUUAGUGUCCAGUUUGAUGAUCACUUAUAUCACUUUUUGAGGCA